AUGAAGUUCGCAACCUCUGUUGUUUUGGCAUCUGCCUUUUUGCUGCAAGAUUCAUUGACNAUUGAAGAACGCGCUACCGCUACUCCUGUCAAGAAUACUGGCAAGCGUGGCCUGUCCUUCAACAACCCCGCUUACACCAUGCCGUUCUCGCUGUCUGGUCAAAACUCCCAAGUCUCUUGGGCCUACAAUUGGUACCAGACACCUGGUAGCGGCUUCAACCCUGCGCUCGAAUAUGUUCCCAUGCUUUGGAGCAAUGCAUCCGACCUUACUGGACAAUGGGCUAGCAAUGCACAGGCUGCCAUCAAUUCUGGCAGUAAAUAUCUCCUCGGCUUCAACGAGCCCGAUCUCUGUCUUCCUGGUGCUGGAUCAUCUUGUAUCGAAAUGCCGUCGGCUGUCAAGGCCUGGAAGCAGUACAUGGAGCCCUUUGCAGGUAAAGCUCUUCUCGGUUCGCCAGCCGUAACCAAUGGCGGCUCGCCUCUGGGACUCACCUGGCUCCAAAACUUCAUGGGCAACUGCACUGGUUGCCACAUUGACUUCAUCAACAUCCACUGGUACUCGAACAAGUGGGCCGGAGCCAAUUACUUCAAGCAGCAGGUUCAGGCUGCUCAUGCCAUGUCCGGUGGCCGGCCCGUCUGGAUCACCGAGUUUGGCCUUGACAACAGCACGCCCUACACAGCCGCCGAACUCCAGUCUUUCCUCGAGGAAGUGAUGGAGUGGAUGGAUGAACAAGAUUACGUGCACCGCUACGCCUACUUUAUGGAUACCACUGGCGCGCUCAUGAACUCGGGCGGUACCGGCAUGAGCGAUCUCGGCAACGUCUACAAUUCUUACCCUGAGGUGAGUUCUGCAUCUUCUUCUGCCCCUGCCUCCUCUGUGACAGCUGUGUUGUCUGCUUCUUCGACUGCAUCGACGGCUGUGCCGUCUGCGGUCUUUUCCUCGUCUGAAUCUGCGAUUUUCGCGACGACAUCGACUUACACAUCUUCUUCAAGGACUACGAGUGCGUCGACUAGUUCAUUGACGAGCAGCAGCAGCAAAAGUUCUGCCGUGUCGUCAAUACUGAGUUCCUCCUCUUCCACCAAAUCUGUCCCCGUGGCGACUCAGACAGCUUCUGAAGCAGCUGGCAUCACGAUCCUCAGCGCGUACUUUGCGGACAAAGAUGUGACUACCGCUGCCACUGCUGCGUUUGUCCAAAACGGUAACUUGGUGAUCAAUACCUAUACCUUGACCUCUGCACUUUCGCUGCAGCAAGAUCCGUGGUGGGGAGUGGUCAAGACCCUCUCGGUCCUCUAUUCGGACGCUGCCAACUACACCCACAUCUUCUCGGAGGCAGAGCAAAGCGGCAUGUAUACCGUUAAUGCCUCUGCUAUCCCUUCUUCGGCACAAACUCCUUCCAUCGCUGCUAGCUAUGGUGCUAGUGUUGAUGUAGUUGGUGUGGUGUGGGGAAAGCAGCAAAUCAAGACCGCGAGUGUGUUUGGCAGGAUAUACUAUCAGCAAGCCACCAAAUGGGGGUUUGAGAUGAGUACACAGCUGUUUGGUGUCGAUGGACUCUGGGGAAAUGAAAAAGUUGGUAUCGUCUGGUAUAGAGAUGCAAGCAAGGUGUUGAAGUCGUUGGUUGCGAGAGAGGGUCAGUGGGUCAAGUUUUAG